AUGCUUAAAUCCGUCACUAAGAAGUUGAAGCCCUUUAUCGAAGCCAAACUUAACGAGGAGUACGUCUCCAUAGCGAACGAUGCAAAUUUGUACUGUCUUGAUUACAUCGAGGAACGAUUGAAACGCUCAAAUAUCGAGUCUGAUCUUGAAUUUAUCCGUCCUCAAGCCGUGUCCGAAAAAAUUACCUCCAUCUCUGCAAAAAUAAUCGAAGUUGGCGAGCUACUGGAGACUUGCUACCCCCAUCUGUACAACAACGUCUCUAAACAACUUAAGGUGAAGCUUCGAAGCGAGGUGAUCGUUGGUGAUAUUUUCCGCAACUUUGGCCGCGAACUCUUUCGAGAGGGAGUCACAUGGGGAAGAAUCAUCGCGUUGUUCGCAUUCGCUGCGGCUGUAAGUACAGACUGUAUACACCAGGGACGACCCGAGCUGGUUAAAACAGUGUUAAACUGUGUGCGGCUAUAUGUACUGGAUCAUUUGGCGGUUUGGAUUAGAAGUCAGGGUGGCUGGGUAAGCUUUCAGUAUGAUUUGUCCAAAAGUUUGUGUAAAUCUGAAAUCUUAACAUCGAGUAUAGCCCUUUUCAAGGAAACUAUAUUUAAGUUCUUCUCUGUUGCGUGAACUAAAAAACAGGAGCAAAACGAUAUUUUCCGAAAAAACCUUAAGGAAAAAAAUACAAAUAAAGGGGUUAUCUGUUCUAUAGCAACAAUGACUAAAGUGUUUUCUACGAUCAAAGCUCGCGUGGACACGAUUCAAAGUUUACGAGUAAACAGACGUUAUUUUUCGCUCGAUAUACUAUCAAUGAAAAAAUAACACACAGCGAGGAAAAAAUCCAAAAUUUUUUUCAGUGUUUGAAUAUUUAUGACUAAAUUACUUGAUUUCUGCCCUUUCGGGCAUUAAGGUAAUAUCAGUAGUUUUUAAAAUUUUUGAACACAACUCUGGAUGAAGUUAAUUUUUAGAGAGAAAUAAAACCUGAAUUCUUAACCGAAAUGCAAACUAUAAUCAGCCUUUCUUCUUUAUAGCAGCCAGUAGAGUAAUGAGAGAAUAGAAAAAAAGUGACAACGAAAACAAAAGAACUAUUGAAACAUUUGCAUAUAUCAUUAAUCCUCCCUUUACUGUCUAAAAGGAAAAUGAUGAUGAGUAUGCUCUCUUAUUUCAACAUCAAAUAUAAACACCGGACACAAUCAAAAGAAAAGAAAAAAACUUGACGUAUUCAAACAAGCAGAGCUCGUUUUACUUCUAGCUAAUUUUGACAACGUUAUUUCCGAAGAUCGUCGAAACGCCACAAGGGGCUUUAUGAUAAUUUCCCUUAACUUUCAGGAUAUUGUCGAAGGCGCUUUUUUUCACGCAAAGUUGGGUUUCGCUAGCGACGAGUCGAAAUAAGGCUUCAUGGGCUUGAUGGAAUCGGAAUCAGAACGUUUUUAAUGCUUUACUUUUACGCUUAUGACCCUGUUUAAUAAAUAAAUAAAGUGACGUUCGAAGUUUCAGAAUUAUCAAUCUCACUGAUUGACUCCAUGCGGUUAAUAUCUUGUCAUGCAGUGAGCUAGGAUAGUAAAGAAAUGUACCAAAAACUAUGAUGCAUGCAAGCAAGAGACUAUAAAGGGGACAGAGAGGCCAUCCCCCAUAUACACCCUAUUCCAUAGGUAAUUCGUCUCGAGUUAUUUUUAGAAUCGGGAUAAAGUUUCCUCGCGCGAGGCGUGGAGGUUUCGUGGAGGUUUCGCAUGACCAAACGCUGUGCAAAACAUGUCGGACGAGAGGCAAUGAAAGCGUAAAAAGAUCGAGAGCAUUCCUGAAUAUUGAAGCGAAAUGAGUCGGCGCUCACCUGGGAAAAAGGAAUCGCUGGACUCUUUGACAACGCGUGAAAUCAGUUUAACUCGAAGUUGUCGUAACCUCAGUGCUUUAAUAAAAUGAGAAAUUUCGCCGGUCUAUUGAAACCGGUCGUUUGUACAAUUUAGGGAGUUUAAGAUCCAACGACGCGGACGACAACUAGAACGUCAAAAAAACAAUAGGUUUAAUUAGCAAAACAACAACUUCGCACGUGCAACACACUUUUUUGUUCAUUUCUUUCCCGUUUUUGCACGACUACGACGUGAAAAUGCCUAAUUUCGCGUUUUAUGGAGGACGUAAAUAAGCAACGACGAAAUUUUAUUUCUCUUUCUGAGCUUGAAUAUGGUCCCUUGAAAUUCAGCUUUAGGAGGGUUCGCCUACAAUUGACAAAGUAAGUGGGUAGGAAUAAUCGCUAUAAAGACUGAAAAAAAUAAACAUCAAACCAGAAAUUGCUCUCUUCAAACUGUAAAUUAUAAAUGAUCCUGAGAGAAUAUUCAGUGUGUUAAGGAUUUCCCUGCUCUACUGUUAGCUCUAUACAAGAGAGGAAGGGCGAUUCUUUUUUAAUUUCGGUUUCGCUGACACAGCUUUCGCAGAAAUCUCGCUGUAGUCGUUUUCGUCGACAAAAGGAAUAGCAAAAUCGCUCUCCGCGUCUUCCCCCAUUUUGUUCUGCGUCAUUUCGUGAAGGACGCGUGGCUCUCAGCGUGGGUCAUCCACGCGGAACACAUUCGCGCUAUGUGAUUGGCUGUUGUUUAAUCCCCCUCGAGAUCUGUUGUGUUAAAAAUAACUCAAGACGAAUUACCUAUGGAAUAGGGUGUAUAUGGGGGAUGGCCUCUCUGUCCCCUUUAUAGUCUCUUGAUGCAAGUUAUUAAUGUCACUCAGAACGAGAGUCUUUGUUACCGUUCAUGUGACAAGGGUGUACCACAAUUUCAAACUUUUUUCCAAUCUGUUUAGUCUCAAAAAUAGAGGCUAAUCAAAACGGGAAGCGAGACGUCACAUGGCGAAACCAAAUCUCGUAUCCAGAGUCCUCGGGCUCUUUGGUCAGCGGGAAUUCGCCAGGUGUAGUCGUGAAAUUGGACAAAACCGAGAACCCUGCUUGAUUUGCGAAUACAUACAACAUCAAUGACAGAAAUGUGAUGGGGAAUUUUAAGUCUGGUGAAAACAUGAGAAAGAAGUUUAUUCAGUCCGCGACACGGACAGCUCAGAAGGAAAAGUCUUCUUCCAAGCCACCUGUGUCACUGGUCGCUGCAGACUGAAUAAACAUCUUUGUGAUAUACAACCGAAGGAAAGUCUGUGUUAUCAAAAUGCAAUUAUCCACUUAUUACUUAGCUCUUAAGGAAAUAAACAAUACUUAACUUCUGUUCUUUUUCUUUAACAGAUUGAUUUGACGGAAAAGUUCAAGUGUAUAGAGAAGCGAUAUACAAUGACAUUCUUUAUUCGGUGGUUUGGCCAAAGUUCUUCUUGGUUAGUUCACACAAUGAAGGAUAAACUAUUAUCACUACUUGAUAAAAUAGGUGAAUAUAUUGGUCUUAUAAACAGUGGCUAG